CCCGAAGCGCCGCAAUUCUUGUCCGAGUUGUGCAGCGUCGAGGGCAACGCCAUCUUGGUUGUCUGGCAUCAACCCACCGACUCGGAAGUGUCAAUCCAUUCUGUCUCCUCCUCUUCAAGACCGCUGGCCCCGGCAACAGCUCCCGCUGUCCCCUCGGCCUCCACGUCGAGCAACACCCUCGGAAGCCACACUCACCUCCUCACCUCCUCGCUGCACUCCGGCCCCGAACCCAACUCUCCAUUCGACUUCCAGCCCUUCGGCCAGCCAUGCGGUCUCCACGGAUCCGUCGGAGAGGCACUUGCCUGCGCCAACGAGCGCGCCUCGAUGCCGGGGACCUUCGGGAAUAACUCGAGCCCUCCAACCACAACAGGCCUCAGAACCAAUGGCUUUGGCAGCUGUAGCGCAGGCUGGGCAGCAUGUAGAAAUGAUACGGACCAGGAAGAGACGUCGAGAAUCUGGCCCGUUCCGCUUCAUCCUCGAUUGUUGCCAUGCCUUCUUCUGACAUCCGAAAUGGCGCCGCCCACUGAGGCUUUCGGCAAAGCCGUCUUGGAAUCCACCCGAUCAAGGGUCGUUGUCGUCAGAACAGAUGACGGCAGUGGCAGAACACACCGUGAGCGACGAAGUCCUCUAGAAUGA